GCUAGUAUAGCCCAAAUGCUUUAAAUGCCAACACGCUGUCGUCGAUUUCGCGAUUUUUACCUUAAAUUUUCACUUUUCCGGCGGUUUUUUUGUGGUACCGGGUCGGAAAACGUUCUCGAAGUCCACUGUGAAAGUUUCGCGAAAAUCCGAGUAUUUUUAAGCGGUGAAAUCACGAGGUGAAUCCUGGAAUAUUUUAACAUUAUAUCUGUGUAUGUAGGCGAUGCGACGUUGCCGGUGCUACGCAAGCGUUGCCGAUGAGAUUUUUUAAUUUUACAUGCCGGGGCCGCCGCGACCGUACCGAGUGAAGCGGAGACAGUUGAAUGCGCAACUUGGAGACUAAUCCUGUAAAUAUGGCUGAACUCCAAAAGCACCAAGUUAAAGAUCUCAAUUCCGUAUUGGUUUGUAGACUGUGUGAAGGAUACCUUAUUGAUGCAACUGCCUUGGUUGAAUGUUUGCAUACUUUUUGUCGUGGUUGCAUUCUGCGGUAUUUUGAGAACAACAAGACACAAUGUCCUGUUUGUCCAGCUGUAUACAAAAAGAAGACUCAAUGCUUUCGAUCGGAUUCGCAGAUUCAGGCUCUGGUUUAUAAACUGGUGCCGUCCCUGUUUGUGAAGGAAAUGCAACGUAGGGAAGAAUUUUAUCGAAGUACGGGCGUAAGGACUGGCAGCUCGUGCAGCGAUGACAGCGUCAUAGAUAGGGAACGCGACAUGCUUAACGAGUCGGAGGAAAUGAUCUCUCAAUACAUCGGUGACAGGAAUCAGUACUUCAGUCCCGAAGACCUAAUAUCGCUUUCGUUAGAAUACUAUCAAGAUCAUCUCGACACCACAGACAUAAACCACAAAAAUAAAGAAACCAACUCUGCCAAUCCCGCCAACAGUUCAAUGCAAGACACCAAUACUACAAUUGAGGCCAAACCUGUAACUCCAACUGCCGAAGAUCCAAAUACGAUUGUGACAAAAGACAUAAAUAUUAGUGAGAGUGAUACGACGGUUGCCAAAAGUAACGGACAAAUUAGAAGUGAACUUGGUGACAAAAGGUACUUACAGUGUCCUGCCGGUGUUAAUAUGAAACACUUGCAGAAAUUCGUGAGGAUGAAGUAUGGCUUAACCGGAGAUCAUCGGGUCGAUAUAAUUUACAAAGGAGAAGUACUUCCAAACGAUUUUAGCCUGAUGGAUGUAGCAUACAUCUAUAAAUAUGAAAAGAUAAAUCCAAUGAGGUUCUUCUACCGCAUCUUCACGCCGAUGAAGGUGAGACCAAUCAAAAUAGUGAACACUACACUUUCUACUGGAGGAAAACAACUUCAAAUUGUUCCUGUUGUGAACGUCAAUAACGUCAAUGCAGACACGACAUCAGCCAUCGCCAAAUCUCCAAAAAUUGAGAAAGCAGAAGAAAAAGUCGAAUCGAUGUCUCCACCGAAAGAAACUGCGAGCGAACAAGAGGAUAAGGAAAGACUGUUUGCGCAUUUACGACUACAAAGUAAAUCUAAAGCUUUGCAGAAUGCUGAAUUGAAAAAAGCAUUAGCAGCUGAAAAGAUUAUUAAAGAAUGCGUGUUUGAGUACGAAGAACCCGAUCAGGAAGAAAUAAAACGAUUUGCCGAAAAGAGAGAUAGAGAGUGGGCGCUUCAAAAGAAACUCGAAGAAGAGACGAGGCCGGAAAUAGAAGUAUACUCUAAAGAUUACUACUCGAGCAAGAAACGAAAAAAGAGCAAGCAUUCAAAAAACGAAUCGAACGGCCACAAAGAAAAAAGAAGAAAAGUUCACGGGGACAAAAUCCACGCCGAGAUCACAAACAACGAUAAAACCGAUCUCAAACUGAAAGUUAAAAUCACAACAAACGGCCAUAAGCACAAACAUCAUAAAAUCGAAAGCAAUGACAAGUCUCAGAUCAGCAACAAGGAGAAAUUACUUCAGAUGAGGCAAGUACGACACAAACACCUAUCGGGUUCAGGAGACGAGAAAUUCCAACCGAUGAAAGCGAUUAUAAAAAUACCUAAAUUGUAUACGGAUAAAAAGGAAGUGGUUUCGGAAAACAAUAAAUACUCUUUAGGAGAACCGGUGCCGAAAAAGAAAAGAGAAAAUCCUAAAGUGAAUAACGAAUCUCAAAAAAUUAACAAAACAAUCGAAAACAACAAUUAUAAGGAAUCUCAAAUUAAACAGAGGAUUGAACCGAUGAUCAUUAAACCCGUAUCUAAAAUAAGCGAUGCUGUGAAUUCUAGGCCCACGCUUACUAUUGCUAGGCCUGUUCCUAGACCAGAAUCAACAAAAAUUGUUCAGAAAGAAAAGACCUCAAAAGUUACUGCAACGCAGAUGGAGAAAUCCGAUUCCCAUAUUCAAAAGACAUUUCUUAAGUCAGCUACAACUUCGACCGAAAAAUACUCCCACGACCAGAAGGUCGGUCAGAACAAGAAUGAAAUUGCAAAAACUACUUCUACAAUAACACCUAGUAAAGUACUUCCUAUCGGAAGUAUUAGUACUAAUAAUGAAUCGUUGGACCGAAAAAUUGCAAGUUUACAAGAACGAUGUACAAUAGAAACUAAAAAUACCGUUGCAAAUAACAUUCGCGUUGAUAAUGGAAAAUCUGAAAAGAAAGCUACAUUUGUAAAUGAGAAAUCCAAAAUAUUAUCACCGCAAUAUCCCUCAAGUUUUACCGUUCGAAAGAUUGAUAGUGGUGCUAAACGAAAAUCCGAGCAAAAUGAAAUUUCGGAUAAACGUCCCAGUUUAGAAAUUACUUUAAUCCAACCUACUUCCACGACUCCAACUAAAACAGAAACAAAACCCGUCGCUAAAAGGCCACUACCUGGAACUAUACCUUUAGAGAAAAUAAGAAAUGCUGAGCAUUUAAAGUCUGGGGUUAGUAUUCUAUCAAAAAUCCCGGAAAGGCGCGAUAAUAACGGAGUCUUGGACUUGUCCAAAUCAAACAAGUCUCCACCGACGUAUAAUUCGCCUCGGUCCACACCCAAAACUGAACCCAUUAAUGGGCUCAAUAGGCAGAUCGGAAUUGCGAGGCCUGGAAAUUCUCCAGGUCGAAAUACUCCAGAAACAAAGAACAUACAACUAUCAAACUUGCAAAUGCUAUCUAAAGUUGCCACCGAACAAUCCUCGAUUAGCAAAGUUAGUUCGACUAUGUCCAAACCUAAUAGGCCGCAAGUACCCAAUUUGCAAACUAUUAACAAAACUCUUAUACAACAAUCCUCGGCUGGCAUUAGAAACCCGGGUGUCAGUCGAAUGCCGCCAAAUUUAAACGAAAUCCAAAAAUUCAGGCCUAUGAACACUCAGAUCCGAAGUCUGAGGCCUAAUCCGAAUAAAAACAUCAGAACUAUUAUCAAUCCUAGCUUAUUGAAUCAGAAUAGAUUAAGCGCCAAUCAGAAUGUUACGUCUACUGACAGUACAGAAAAGAAAGACGUACCUCAGAAACCGCAAACUCAGACGGUAAGUUCGAGCUCUAAUAAUAGCCCGGUGCCAAAAGAAACUCCAAACAUUAAACCGGCUAUUAUGGACCAACGCAUUAUCGAAAAGAAGGAAAUACCCGCGUAGGAGUCGGAUAUCUUCUCCAAUUCUCUGUAAAUAUUGAAAAAUAUGUGAUAAUUAUAAAUUUUAAAUAUAUUUUUAGACAUUGUAGUUAAGAAAGGUGACCGCGACUGAAUGUAUAAAUAAAUGUUAUUAUUUAAUAACCUAUAAUUUGAUUGUUCAAACUAUUUUAAUUUUUUUCUGCCUAGCAAUAGUCAGGGGAAACAUUACUCAGGUCUGUUAAGUUGCAAGUCUCAGAUUUUUAGAUUGCUGAAAACUUUGUUUUAUUGCACAAAAUUUAUGGUUACCUCUUAGAGAAAAAACAACAUAAACUUAUGAUAUCAGUUUUAUGCAGGUCUGAAAGUUUGAUACUACUUAUUUAGUGGUUCUGUAUUACCUAGUUCUUUAGGAAUUUUAGUGCAAUACAGUUCUAUAUAACAUAUUAUAUAUCCUUAAGGCAUUAGUAGACUUUGAAAUACUCAUAAUUAAAAGUGUAUUUUUUUCAUGGGUAUAAAUAGUCUUAUUUUAAUAUGUAAAUAAGUAGAAUGGUGUUGCCAAAAAAACAGUUCAAAUAAUCACUUAAUGAGUUUUUAUUCAGGCUAAUAUUUUGGAUGAUUGAAGUAGUAAAAAUUCAAGUGAUAAGCAUCCCAGUGUUUUAAUAAUAUUAAUUAAUAGUUCAAUAACAAUAGAUGACUCGGUCAAAAUGUCCUUGGACAAAAGUCAACUGGAUGACUUUGAAAGAAAAAGUCAAGGGUAGGACGUUGAAAAGGCUACUAGCAAGAAUGAAUCCUAAAGAAUGUGGUAACAAAUAAUGGACUGACUUUACUUUCCUUGUGACUGUAUUUUUUACAGACUUUUUUAACUUUACAAGUUCCUCUACAUAACUUUAUAGACUCUUAUUAUUCUUUUUUAUCGAAAAUACUGUUUGUGUGUUUUUUAUUGUUACUUGUUAAUUUUGAUUUAUGUAUGUAUAAUUGUGGUUGUAUUUUUGUUAUAUUUUAUAUUAUUUUUAGUCUUAAGUUUUAACUCGUACCUCACUUUGUAUAUAUGUAAAUAGACAUUUUUAAAUAUAUAUACUUGUAAAUAUGUAUUCAUAAUAACGUAAAUAAUAAGUAUAAAUGUGGUUUAAGUAUAGCCCAUAUAAGUUAAUCUGAUUUAAUUGUAUGUAUAACUAGUAGACUGUUUUUGAAUAUACUAUUUUGAACGUCUAGAACCGUACUUAGAUUUUAGGUAAAACGGAUAUUUCGUCUAAAACCUAAAUUAUUAUAGAACCUUGUAAUAUCGUGUAGAAUAACCGUAUACAAUUAAAUGGUUUUAAAAUUAUUA